CAGCUGCUUGGGGCUUUGCUGCCAGGCCCUGGCCCCGAUCGCGGCCUCUCCUCUCCCUCAGCUACUCCCCGGCCACAGCCCCUCCAUGGCCCAGAAAGAAGAGGCCGCCGAGGCUUCGGCGCCCGCCUCCCAGAAUGGCGAGGAUCUGGACAACCUAGACGACCCCGAGAAGCUGAAGGAGCUGAUCGAGCUGCCCCCCUUUGAGAUCGUCACAGGGGAGCGGCUGCCUGUCAACUACUUCAAGUUCCAGUUCCGGAACGUGGAGUACAGCUCUGGGCGCAACAAGACCUUCCUCUGCUACGUGAUCGAAGUGCAGGACAAGGGCGGCCAGGUGCAGGCGUCCCGGGGGUACCUGGAGGACGAGCACGCCACGGCGCACGCCGAGGAGGCCUUCUUCAACACCGUCGUGCCAACCUUCGACCCUGCCCUGCGGUACAACGUCACCUGGUACGUGUCCUCCAGCCCCUGCGUGGCUUGCGCCGAGCGCAUCGCCAAGACCCUGAGCAAGACCAAGAACCUGCGGCUGCUCAUCCUGGUGGGGCGCCUGUUCAUGUGGGAGGAGCCCCCCAUCCAGGCCGCCCUGCGGCAGCUGAAGGCGGCCGGCUGCAGGCUGCGCAUCAUGAAGCCCCAGGACUUCGAGUACAUCUGGCAGAAUUUUGUGGAGCAGGAAGAGGGCGAGUCCAAGUCCUUUGAGCCCUGGGAGGACAUUCAGGAGAAUUUCCUGUACUACGAGGAGAAGUUGGCCGACAUCCUGAAGUAGGCCACGCGGCUCGGCCCCACGUCUGCCUGCUGCCAAGAGACAGUGGUGACACGUAUGGUCAUCUGGGACAUGCCUGACUUCCUAAUACCACUUGGACCUGGACAACAUUCGACACCAACCAAUCCCACAGCACAAGGCCCUCUGAGGACUCAAAAUACAUUUCUCAUGCUGUAAAUCAUUUUAGCUGUGCCUCUCUUUCUAAGGCUGCUCUUGGGAAAGAGAGAUGCACGGAGAAAUAGCAACCAUGCAUGGGCACCAGGCAUCAUGGGUUUGAGGGUCUUAAUUAUUCCCCAAAAUGGGCUGCUUAAGGCAAAGAGCCUCAGAUCCAAGAUCUGUGCAGAUCUUUGAAAUAUGUCCAGAAAUGCAUUUAUGUUAAAUUGGUUUGUUUUUUUUUUUAAAGAAAAAUGAGCAGCAACAAUAAAAGAAGUGGUGUGGUUUU